CUCCCACUCUCGCUCACUCUCUCAACUCUCUCCGCAUUAAAGAAGUCCCCGCAUUUUUGAAAGCUGAUCAUUCACAUAUCCACACGAGAAGCUUGCUUCUGCUUCAGCUCCGAUCCAUCACGCUUUUUAAAUUCCUUUGAUCUUCAGAUUCAGAGAGAAAUCGAUUUUUGUUUGUUUUCUGGGAAAGCUAAAGAAGUAGGAUGCCGCAAGAGAGCAACGGCAACUCAUUCUUCACGUCGCCUUCAAAGAGAGGAUUGAAAGGAUUGGUCGCUAACUCUAACAAUAAUGAGGCUUCAUUCGUCGUCAAUGAGGAAAGCAUCAACGAUCACGAAUUAGCUCAGAGGAAAGCAGAGGAAGCAGCUUCAAGGAGGUAUAAAGCAGCAGAAUGGCUGCGCGAGAUGGACCACGUCGCGUCGGCGUCACUUUCCAAAGAGCCCUCCGAAGAACAGUUCUGCCUUGCACUUCGCAAUGGUCUCAUUCUCUGCAACGUCCUCAACAAAGUCAAUCCCGGGGCUGUUCUCAAGGUGGUCGACUAUGCUACUCUUGCUGUUCAAUCUGCAGAAGGAGCCGCUCAGUCUGCCAUUCAGUAUUUUGAGAAUAUGAGAAAUUUUCUUGAGGCUGUCAAGGAUAUGAAGCUAUUGACGUUUGAAGCAUCAGAUUUAGAAAAGGGUGGUUCAAUGAAUAAAGUUGUGGAUUGUAUUCUAUGUUUGAAAGGAUAUUAUGAAUGGAAGCUAGCGGGUGGAGUUGGAGAAUGGAGGUAUGGAGGAACAGUGAGGAUUGUCUCACUUCCAAAAGAGUCUUCUUCCUCCAUAACUGGCAGUGAAGGUACUGAUGAAUCCCUGGAUGAGUCUGAGUCAUCACAAUAUGAACAGCUGCUAGAAUUUCUCCAUCUAUCGAGUGAGAUCUCGAUUGAAGAAACCAGAACUUUCAAUGCGUUGGCGUUCCUAUUUGAUCACUUUGGACUCAGACUCCUUCAAGCUUACCUUAGAGAGAUGGACGGGAUUGAAGAUCUGCCUAUGAAUUCAAUGGUAAUUGAUGUAUUGCUCGGUAAGGUAGUCAAAGAUUUCUCAGCAUUGCUUGUUUCUCAACGCAAUCAGCUUGGUCUUUUCUUGAAGAAAAUAUUGAAAGGUGAUAUUGGUUGCCUAUCAAAAACAGAGUUCAUAGAAGCAAUCUCAUUAUAUCUUAACCAAAGAAGUAGUUUGGCGUCCAAGGAUUUUUCAAAAUUCUGCAUUUGUGGAGGAAAAGUUGACCGCACUCGGAAUGAGAGCAAUUAUUCUUCCAACCAUGUUGAGAUAAUUAAUAAUCAACAGAGUCAACUUGAGGGCAUGAAAUACUUUUUCCAAGAGACAAAGAUGGAGGUCAAACAAAUUCAAUCAGAGUGGGAGCAAGAAUUGGGCAGGCUUGAGCAUCAUAUAAAGAGCCUAGAAGUGGCAGCCUCUUCCUACCACAAAGUCUUGGAGGAGAACCGCCAACUCUACAACCAAGUACAAGACCUGAAAGGAACUAUUAGGGUCUAUUGCAGAGUGAGACCCUUCUUACCAGGACAAUCAAAUGUAAAGUCAACUGUAGAUUAUAUAGGAGAAGGUGGAAAUAUCAUGAUCGUUAAUCCCCUUAAGCAGGGUAAAGAUGCAAGGAGAGUGUUUCAAUUCAAUAAGGUCUUUGCAACAAAUGUCACACAAGAACAAAUAUACGCUGACGCGCAACCAUUGGUCAGGUCUGUUUUAGAUGGCUAUAAUGUGUGCAUCUUUGCAUAUGGACAAACUGGCUCUGGGAAGACAUACACAAUGAGUGGCCCAGAUUUAACGACCGAAGAGACAUGGGGGGUAAACUACAGGGCUCUGUGUGACUUAUUCCAGAUAUCAAAGGAAAGGUUGAAUGCCAUAAAAUAUGAUGUUGGAGUACAGAUGAUUGAAAUAUACAAUGAACAAGUGAGAGAUUUAUUAGUCAGUGAUGGCUCUAAUAGAAGAUUAGAUAUACGAAACAACUCCCAAUUGAAUGGCCUUAAUGUGCCUGAUGCUUGUUUAGUUCCAGUUAAUUGUACUCAAGAUGUUCUUGAUUUAAUGAGGAUUGGUCAGAAGAACCGGGCAGUGGGUGCUACUGCUCUAAACGAGCGAAGCAGCCGUUCUCAUAGUAUUUUGACAAUUCAUGUUCGAGGAAGAGAGCUAGUUUCUAAUUCCAUUCUUAAAGGUUGUCUCCAUCUUGUUGAUUUGGCUGGAAGUGAAAGGGUGGACAAAUCUGAGGCUGCGGGAGAAAGACUGAAGGAAGCGCAACAUAUAAAUAGAUCUCUAUCUGCACUGGGAGAUGUUAUAUCUGCUUUGGCACAAAAAAGUCCACAUAUUCCUUACAGAAAUAGCAAGCUCACACAAGUAUUACAAGAUUCUUUAGGUGGGCAUGCCAAAACUUUGAUGUUUGUUCAUAUAAAUCCUGAACAAAAUGCUCUUGGGGAGACAAUUAGCACGCUCAAGUUUGCUGAGAGGGUGGCAUCCAUUGAACUUGGUGCUGCACAGUCUCAUAAGGAAACCGGUGAAAUUAAAGAGCUGAAAGAGGAGGUAUCAAACCUCAAGUUGGCAUUGGAGAGGAAGGAGGCUGAACUGGAGCAAUGGAGAGCUGGGCAUGCUCGAAACACUGUAGAAUCUCAGAAACAAAGGGCAGUUUCCCCAUUUCGCCUUCCCAAAUUAGGAGUCAAUGCCAGCAUGAAGUCGGAAACCUCCCAGCGACCGACUGAUGAUAAAAUAUACGAGGCUAGAAGUUGUUCCUCGGGAAAGCAAAGAAGGUCAAGAUUUCCCUCAUCAUUCAUGGACAAAGAAUCCACCCCAAGAAUGCCUCAUCUGCCUGAAGAAAAGAUAGCAAACUCAGCUAAAGGAAGAUCACCGUCUCCUCCUAUCAGGAGAUCAAUAUCCACUGACAGAGGUUCAGUCAUUAAAAGCAAGGUAAAAAUUGACAUGGUAGAUAACCAGCCAAUAGUAAAACAUCCAUUUCCAGCCCGAGUACCAGUGAACAAAUCUCUUUCCCCCAUGCCUAUGGCCCCAUGCACUGACAAUAACUCGAGGAUUAAUGGAAGUUCAUACGAGACGACGAAGCAGGAAAAUAUUUCUGAAGCUCUAUUCAACCUCCAGAAGGUCACCUCCAGGAAAGUUCAUCAUGAACAAGAAGAGGAACAAUUUAAACAAGCACUUACUGCAGUAAGACAAGGUGGUAUAAGAAAGAGCAAGGCUGAGGGGAAGGCCAAGGUCAAGCAUCAACAUCAGCAGCAUCAGCAACUCCCUUUUAGGAUUCAGAAGUCUGAUUUCAUCCCCGCAUUGAUCCCUGAAAUGGACAUUGCUGAUGAGAAGACAUUGGAGGCAGCUAGAAAGAGUGAUUACUCUGAGCCGGAAAAUGAUUUUGGCCUAAUCGAGUCGCCAGUUCAUGGUGCUUUAAACCUUAGAAAGAUACGUCAGAAUUUCCCGAGAAACUCUCAGAACCUUGAACCCAGAAGAACAAUGCAAGCAGGGGAACCCUUAUUGGCUAGCAGGGUUGAAAACAAACUUGUAAAUGGCUCAAGCAGAAAUCUCAGGGAAGGAAGCAAUACACCCAUGCCUGAACUCAGGAGAAGCAGAUCAACCCCACGCGGAAAAUUCCUUUUAUCAUGAGAAUUUCAGGUUAAAAAUGGGAUAAUUAAACCCCCCCCCCCCGGGGGGGUUGAUAUCUAUACUUUAUAGUUUUUGUACAGUAGCUGCUAAUUAUGGUGGGAGUUUGAGCUCACAUAAUUUAUAGAGGUUUUUGAGAUCUUUGAGGCGAGUUUGUGCGUCUUUUCAUGCCUGGGCAUGCUUCUUUGUAAUUGAAUUGAAAUAUUUUAUAUUUAAAAAUUUAUAAGCUUCUUGA